AUGAUGGAGAUCGAGGACAACGUCGUUGGCACGCUGUUCUUGCAGAACGGAGAAGACAAUGGCUACGACCCAGAAGACUUUGUGCAGGAGCUGGACGUGGGGAGCUCGACGCCGCACUUUCGCAUCUCAGUAGCGGACGAUGACGGUGGCAUCCCCGGUUCGCUCUUCGCUUGCGCUGUCUGGAACGGAGCGGUGCGUUUCUACUGCAGCUCAAGUGCGAAGAACAACAUUGCAACUUAUUCUACCAAUCCAAUGCUACAUUUCGCUGUCCAGAGAUUCAUCGCCAUGCACUUCGCCAAACAUCCCGAGCUGGUGGAGGGUCGGAGGGUCGUGGAAUUCGGCGCAGCUUCGGCGCUGCCGUCGCUUGUGGCACUCCAUUUCGGUGCAAAGCUGGCUGUUAUGACAGAUUACCCAAACGACUUAUUGUUGAAAAACAUUGAAACGAAUAUCAAGCGUAACGCACAUUUAUUGGGGACUGGGAGACGUGACGUACGGGGACAUCUCUGGGGCAGUGACACAGCUGCGUUGCUGAAAUGUCUGGAUGCUCCCCCGUCUGCCGUGUUGGACGAGCAAAAAGAGUCUGAAACUCCAGACGACUCGACAAAAGCUCGAUUUGAAGUGGCAGUUGUUGCAGAGUGUCUAUGGCUGCAUAACCUGGUAAGUGUAAAGCGCUGA